CUCUGCGUCACGCUCCAGCAGUGACAUCACAGCCGCCAUGGCGGCUCGGCUACUCUCGCCGCUGGUGGUGUCGCUGCUGUUGCUGGUGGCGUUUGGCGGCAUCAAGGUGUGUGCAGAAAUGGCUCUGUUGCGGUUGGUAUCAGACUCACACACGUACUGCACACUCUACAACCCCCGCUGGGCCGAGCUGCCCCAAGACCCCACAAAGGCCACACCGCACCAGCUGGCUGACGGCGCUCCGACGCCGCUGUGCCUCCCCGGUGACGUGCCGCCCGGCGGCUUCGCCGGUGCCGUGGCGUUGGCGACGCGCGGGAACUGCUCAUUUUAUCACAAGGCGCGGCUAGCAGCCGUGCACGGCGCAUCCGCGCUACUGGUGCUGAGCCACAGGCCGCUGGUGUCCCCCGGUGGUAACGAGACGGAGUACGAGGAGGUGGCGAUCCCCGUGGCGCUCAUGGGAGAGGAAGACGCUCGUCACAUGCUCCAGGCUCAGCGCGACGGCGAGCAACAGGUGCUCCUGUUCGCCCCGCGCGAGUCGCGCCUCGACUACAACAUGAUGCUGAUCUACGUGAUGGCGGUGGGGACCGUGGCCGGCGCCAGCUACUGGGCCGGAGUCUCCGAGAUGCACACCAGCAGCAGUAGCGGCGUGCCGACGAGCGGCGUCGGCGGCAUAGGAGGAGCCGCCCCGGCCAGCGAGGACAUCUCACCCAAGAUGGUGGCUUUGUUCGUGGCGACCUCCACCAUCAUGCUCACCAUGCUCUACUUCUUCUACGACUAUCUGGUCUACGUGAUCAUCGCUGUGUUCUGCCUCGCCUCCUCGCUGGGUCUCUACAGCUGCCUCGCUCCUCUCGUCUCCCGCUCUCCGUGCGGCAGUUGCAGGGUUCCCCGUGCCCUUGCCCCAUGCAUGCAGGAGCCGCCCCCGGUGCGACUGGCGGUCCUUGCGGUGUCCUGUGUGGCCACGGCCGUCGUGUGGGCCGUCUUCCGCAACGAGGACAGCUGGGCGUGGGUGCUCCAGGACAUGCUGGGCAUCGCGUUCUGCACCUACAUGCUGCGGGUGCUGCGCAUGCCCAGCUUCAAGGCGUGCACCCUGCUGUUGGUCAUGCUGUUUGUGUACGACAUCUUCUUUGUGUUCAUCACGCCGUACAUCAUGCCGAAUGGACAAAGUAUCAUGGUGGAGGUUGCUUCUGGCCCAUCUGAUUCGUCAUCAAAGGAAAAGCUGCCCAUGGUGCUGAAGGUACCACGCUUGGCACCCUCAGAGCUGUCCGUCUGCUCGCAGCCCUUCUCGCUGCUCGGCUUCGGGGACAUCCUGGUGCCAGGUGUGCUCGUCGUGUACUGCCACCGGUUUGAUGUACACACCAACUCGUCGCACAUCUACUUUGUGACAAGCACCAUAGCAUACGGCUUGGGGCUACUGGUGACAUUCGUGGCGCUGGUGCUGACACGGAUGGGGCAACCGGCGCUGCUCUACCUGGUGCCGUGCACGGUGCUCACCUGCACCGCCGUGGCCGCUGGGAAGAGGCAGCUGCCGGCGUUCUGGAGGGGAAGCAUCGUGCGUAAAGAGUCGCUCGACCUCGCCGACGGCGAGGAUACGAGCCGCCUCGGCCUGGGCGCGGCCCGGGACGAUGUGGAAGGAGCGGCUGUGCCCAACCGCAACCCGGAGGCCCCCACGGCCUCUGCCAACCCGGAGGCGUGAUGGCGGGCAGGCGGCCGGCACGCCACUCCACUCCAAUGAAUUCCAUGGGUGCGUGUAGGGAGUGGUAGUGCAGGGAGUGGUAGUGCAGGGAGUGGUAGUGCAGCAACUGGCGCACUGCGCUGCGAACUCGGCGAACGAGUUCAAUUCCCACUCGUGGCCAACACCAGAACCGGUUC